AUGCUAGACGUCAAUGAUUUCAUCACCGAGCGAGGCGGUGACCCUACGAAGAUCAAGGCGUCGCAGCGCAAACGAUAUGCCUCAGAGGAAGUGGUGGAUGAGGUAAUUGCCAUGUUUGAGGACCACAGGAAGACACAGUAUGCGGCCGGUACAGAGAUGGGUGCCAAGAUCAACAAAGUGCAGAAAGAUAUGAGUCUGAACAAGAAGAAUAAGGGCUCGCCAGAGGAUUUUGAAGCAUUGAAGAAGCAGAAGGAGGAUCUAGGCAAGGAAAAGGAGCAAUUAGAGGAGCAAGCACGGCAGAAGCAGAUCGCAUUGCUCAAAAAAGUCAAGACGAUCGGCAACUAUGUCCACGAAACAGUACCAAACAGCAAAGACGAGAACAACAACACCAAAGAACGAGACUGGACUCCCGAAGGCGUAACAGUGGAGAAGAAGGAUUGUAUGUCACACCACGAAGUGCUCUUCCGAAUAGGCGGCUACGACCCCGACCGAGGUGUCAAGAUCGUCGGCCAUCGCGGCUACUGUCUCACAGACGUCGGCUUCUUCCUUAACCAAGCACUCAUCAACUACGGCGUCCAGUUCCUGCGGAAAAGGCAAUACAAAGCCUGUCAGCCACCCUACUUCAUGCUCCGGGAAGCCAUGUCCAAAACGGCCCAACUCGAAGACUUCGAUGAUCAACUGUACAAAGUGACCGAGCGCGACAACGACCCAGCUAGUGACAAGUACCUCAUCGCGACCUCGGAACAACCCAUCUCAGCCAUGCACGAAGGUGAGUGGCUCAGCAACACCGACCUCCCAAUCAAAUACGCCGGCUACUCAACCAAUUUCCGCAAAGAAGCCGGCUCACAUGGGAAAGAUGCAUGGGGUAUCUUCCGAGUUCAUCAAUUCGAGAAGAUCGAGCAGUUUAUUUACUGCAAACCGGAGGAUUCGUGGGAGCAUUUCGAUCAGAUGAUUAACACAUCAGAAGAGUUUUACAAGAGUCUAAAGCUGCCGUAUCGGGUAGUGGCGAUUGUCUCUGGUGCGCUGAAUAAUGCGGCGGCGAAGAAGUAUGAUCUGGAGGCUUGGUUUCCGUAUCAGGGCGAGUACAAGGAGUUGGUAUCUUGCUCGAAUUGCACGGAUUACCAGACACGGGAGCUUGAGAUCAGGUACGGACAAAAGAAGCAGUCGGACACCUCAUUCCAGAAAACCUACUGCCACGCUCUGAACUCAACUCUAUGCGCCACCGAGCGAGCUCUCUGCUGCGUGCUAGAGAACUACCAACGUGAAGACGGCGUUGAGGUACCGGAAGUGCUGAGGAAGUACAUGCCUGAGGAUUUGCAGGAGGGCUUCUUACCUUAUGUCAACGAGCUGCCGAAGGAUUCGACGAGUCUGAAGGCGAAGGGAAAGGCGGACGUGAAGGGUGGGGAGGCGCCGAAGGUACCUGCUGUUGGCGAGGUGGUGGAGAGGCCUAAGGCUGUUGCGGCGGAGAAGAAGUCAUGA